AUGUCCAAAAUACGAAUUGCAGUAGAGGGAUGUUGUCAUGGAGAAUUGAAUCAGAUCUUUAAGAGAGUCUCUGAAUUGCAUAAGCAAGAACCACUAGAUCUUCUUUUAAUACUUGGUGAUUUCCAAAGUAUCAGAAGUAAGGAUGAUUUAGUAUCCCUAAGUGUUCCAUCCAAAUAUCAAAGAAUGGGUGAUUUCCAUCAGUAUUAUAACGAUGAUGAAUUCAAGCCGCCAUGCAUGACAAUUUUCAUCGGUGGUAACCAUGAGUCUAUGAGGCACCUGAUGCUCUUACCUCAUGGUGGAUUCGUGGCUCCCAACAUCUAUUACAUGGGAUAUUCUAAUGUUAUAUGGUACAGAGGAACAAGAAUUGCAGGAUUAAGCGGUAUUUGGAAGCAUUGGGACUACGAAAGACAGAGACCCAGCUGGCAAGAACUGGAAAACGGUAAUCAAUGGAGUCGCAAAGUUAAGGAACUUUAUCAUAUAAGAAACGAUGAUGUUAAGCCAUUGUUCCAAUUACAAAAGCCAAUACACAUAGUAAUGAGUCACGAUUGGCCUAAUGGUGUUGCAUACCACGGCGAUCUACAGCGGUUAAUUCAAAAUAAACCUUUCUUCAAGAAAGAUCUACAGUCGAGACAAUUGGGUAGCCCCGUGUCGUGGAAUUUACUUCGACAACUAAAGCCCAAUUGGUGGCUCAGUGCACACCUUCAUGUUCGUUAUGAAGCCCUCAUCAAGCAUGGUAAACGUAACAACGAUGAAUUGGAGUUAGAUCUUUCGGAAGAUGAAGAGAUUCCGCAAGAAACCCAUUUCCUGGCACUGGACAAGUGUCUACCACGAAGAAAAUGGUUAGAAGUAAUUGAAGUUGAUGCGGAUGAAUCGCACGAAUCUUGGCACAAUCCAAAUACUAUCUUCAUGGAUCCGGAAUUUGUAUCUUAUUUAUUUCACGCCAAGGACAAAUCCGAGAUAUCCGAUUACUCCUUGCCGCCCUACACAACAGGAAUACAGCGUAAAGAAACCGAGCAAACAUCGUUAUUCGUUCAAAAAUUUCUAUCUGUUUAA